AAAUAUGACAGGGGAACUUCACUAAUGCUAACUGAAACUUUGUCACUUCAACUUCCUCAUGUGGCUUGAUUUACAGAUACAACAACACCAUAGCUUUUCACACUUAGUGUUGGUUUCACUGGCUCUCAACGUUGUGCACAGAAAUGGACAGAGCUCAAGGAGGUAAAGCAUAUGGUCUUCUUAAGUCUCAACAGGAGGAAAAACUCAACUCUAUCAAUGAGGCUUUUCUCGAGGAUCCCCAGUAUGCAGAAGAGGAAGACCUUAGCUCAAAGCUUGAACUGUUUAAAAAGAAAUACAUGGAGUUUGACCUUAACGACAAAGGAGAUAUAGAUAUAAUGGGGUUAAAACGAAUGCUGGAAAAACUCGGAAUGGCCAAGACUCACUUAGAGCUGAAAAAGAUGAUGCAAGAGGUGGUUGGAGGGACAUCGAAAGACACCUUCAGCUACCACGACUUCCUGAAAAUGAUGCUGGGCAAGAAAAAUGCAAUUUUAAAACUGAUCUUGAUGUUUGAAGGCAUGGGAAAGGAGCAGGAACCCCAAGAUGUGGCACCACCUCGUCGCAAAACCUUUUCAGACCUGCCCUGAAGGAGUUCUCCAUCACAUCAGGGAAUGACUGCUUUUAGACUUAUUCCUUUUUUACAGAUUGAAACAUCACCUAAAUUCUUCAAAAGUUCAUGAGAAUUAGGAAAACAUAUUCAUAUAAUAUAUAUAUUCAUAUAAUAUAUAAAAAUAGAUAAAAUAGAUUAUAUAAUCUACCAUAAUGUUUGUGCAUUCUGAUUUAAGUGAUUAUGACCACAGUACUGAUCUCCCACAUUAUAGGCAACUAGCUACUUUAUAAAUGAAUCUACUUACCCAUGGCUAUAGCUGUUGCUUUAGCUGCAUAGUUAAAUAAAAAGUGUACAGAAUGUACAUGGGAGUGGUCAUUGCCCUAUUGCUAUAAAACAUACAGGAAUAUCACAAUGUUUUAUGUUUGAACAUAUUUAAACCCAAAGUAAUGUAUGUUAUCAUAGUGUUGUUGUUG